AUGGAAGUGCUUAAUGAAAGAAUAGCGUCCCUUGACAAGAAUUCUCAGACACUUGCUAGGAGACUGCCUUUUGUCAACAGCACCCAGUUCCAUCCUUCCUUCUUUAUCCUUCUGGGGAUUCCAGGUCUGGAAGUUUUUCAUAUAUGGAUUGCUUUCCCAUUCUGUCUUGUGUAUCUGACUUCCCUUGUGGGAAACAUCACCAUUCUCUUUGUGAUCAAGACUGAACACAGCCUCCAUCAGCCCAUGUUCUACUUUCUGGCCACAUUGUCUAUGAUUGAUCUAUGUCUAUCCACAUCCACCAUCCCCAAAAUGCUGGGCAUCUUCUGGUUCAAUCUCCAGGAGAUCAGUUUUGGAGGCUGCCUUGCUCAGAUGUUCUUUAUCCACAUGUUUACAGGCAUGGAAACCGUUUUGCUGGUGGUCAUGGCUUAUGACCGCUUUGUUGCCAUCUGCAAUCCUCUUCAGUACACCAUGAUCCUCACCAAUAAAACCAUCAGCCUUCUCCUUUCAGUUGUUAUUGGAAGAAAUUUAAUUCUUGUGACUCCAUUUGUGUUUCUCAUUUUGAGACUGCCCUUCUGUGGGCACCACAUUAUGCCUCAUACAUACUGUGAGCACAUGGGUCUUGCCCGAUUAGCCUGUUCACCCAUCAAGAUCAACAUCAUUUAUGGACUUGUGGUGAUAUCUCAUAUCCUUGUGGACAUGAUUCUGAUUGCCUGUUCCUAUGUGCUUAUCCUUAGAGCUGUUUUCCAGUUUCCAUCUCAAGAUGCCCGAUUAAAGGCUCUCAACACUUGUGGUUCCCAUGUCUGUGUCAUGCUGUGUUUCUACACACCAGCCUUAUUUUCUUUUCUGACUCACCGCUUUGGCCAAAACAUUCCCCACUACAUUCAUAUUCUUUUAGCUAAUCUAUAUGUAAUUGUCCCACCUGCUCUUAACCCUGUCAUUUAUGGAGUCAGGACUAAGCAGAUUCGAGAGAAAAUAAUAAAAAUAUUUUUACAAAAAGAAUAA